AUGGAACUGAAUGGAAUGAUUCGUCCGUUGAACAAUAUACGACCCAGCAUCUCUGCCCCACGCUCCACCUGCAGAGGAGCUCCCAUCCCAAAUAGGGCAAUAAUAUCAACUUCACCUGUGGUGAAGACAUUCCGUACCGAAUCAAAUAGGCGAGUUGCUCGCCCAAUAAUGCAAUCCAGACAUCGAGACACGGUCUGGUUUGCCGAGACUGAGACUGAUCGUACACUACCCAUGUUUGUGAGAAAACGAAAACAAAGGAAAAUGAUUGGAAGAGUUUUUACAUCUGAAACCAGGAUGACUAAGAAUCAGGGAGAAGCCAAUCAAGAGCCUUGA